AGCGGCGAAACCUUCCAGCACUCCCAAAGACCUCAAGUGGCGGCGAUCCAAAAGUAACUCUCAUUCCACUCCCACGUCUCCUGCGUUUCUUUUAUUGCGAUAGUGCUGUUUGAAUUUUGGAAUCGCUCCUCCUGCUUUCCGAAUAAAAUCUGUUUUUGAAAGCUAGAAGUGGGCUUUCAGUUGGUUAUACAAAAUUACUCUUAAGGAAAGAUGGGUGAAGAGGAAGUCAAGGGAGGACCGGUGGUUCCGGAGUCGGUAUUGAAGAAGCAGAAAAGGAAUGAGGAAUGGGCUCUGGCAAAGAAGCAGGAGCUCGAAGCUGCGAAGAAAAAAAGAGUUGAAAGCCGUAAGCUGAUUUUUUGCAGAGCUAAACUCUAUGCAAAGGAGUAUGAUGAGCAGCAAAAAGAGCUUAUUCGAUUGAAGCGUGAGGCAAAACUUAAGGGAGGGUUUUAUGUUGACCCACAAGCUAAGCUCUUGUUCAUUAUCAGGAUCCGUGGGAUCAAUGCGAUGCACCCAAAGACCAGGAAGAUUUUGCAGCUUCUGCGUUUGAGACAGAUAUUCAAUGGUGUCUUUCUGAAAGUAAACAAGGCAACGAUGAAUAUGCUGCACAGAGUUGAGCCUUAUGUGACCUACGGGUAUCCGAAUUUGAAGAGUGUCAAAGAAUUGAUUUACAAAAGGGGAUAUGGAAAACUCAACAAGCAGAGAAUUGCUUUGACUGAUAAUUCCAUCGUUGACCAGGCUUUGGGUAAGCAAGGAAUCAUUUGCACGGAAGAUCUUAUCCAUGAGAUUAUGACGGUUGGACCCCACUUCAAGGAGGCAAACAAUUUCCUAUGGCCAUUCAAGCUUAAGGCACCCCUGGGUGGUUUGAAGAAGAAGAGAAAUCACUAUGUUGAAGGAGGUGAUGCCGGAAACCGUGAAGAUUACAUCAAUGAGCUCAUCCGGAGGAUGAAUUAGGUCCAUGCAGCAGGAUACUAUCCUCUCAAAAUUUUGAGGUUCUACCUACUUAUAAAAAAAUUGAGUUUCUUGCUGCCAUGUUUUUUGUUCAACGAAUUUAUCAGACUUAAGUUCCCUAUCUUUAGCCAACCAGACAGGAUUGUGUCCGCAAAGUUACAUUACAGUUUGUUAGUUUUGACAUGCAUGGUAUUCGGGGUUUAAUUUCUAUUAAUAAUUUACAUUGGUUUCCUCUAUA